ACCUCCACAUUACUGCAUGUAUUUGGCUUGAGUCACACGUGUGCACCCGAAUAAUUAUUAUUCGUUGAACUCACGCCACCCCACUCACUGCGUAAACACUCACAGAAAAAAGUGCACGCUUUAUAUUUUAAUAAAAAUUGCAAAUAUUAAUCAUCGGCACGCAAACCCUUGGUAUUGGUAGUGCGUUGUUAGCGCGGCGCAUGCGCUAGACAGUUCAGUCGCGACCAGUUUUAAAUUUAGAACCGUGUCGCCGGAAUUUCGCUGGCCUAUUUAGACACCGCAAACGGCAGAUUUUAACUGAAUUCAAAGGUACAAUUGUUAUUAAUGUUCAUUUAAAUUAUUCGAGUCAGUGAUUUAUCAGUGAUGGUUGGAUGUGGAGUGAAGUGAAGUGAGAGCUGUCACCGUACUGUGUGCGCGCGUGGUUAUGAGGACAGACUGCUGACUGUACCGCACCAACAUGUUCGGGAGAACAAUCCUAGUGUUGUUGUUAUUGUGGACGCAAGAUGCAGUUCGGAGUUUGCGUCUCGUGGAGCUCCGUGUACCAACACACGAGCCAGAAGGUGGAAUGGCUCUUCUUGGCUGCCAGUACGACUUAGAAGGGGACACCCUGUACUCUGUCAAAUGGUACAAGGACGGCCGUGAGUUCUACCGCUUCGUGCCUAAAAAUGAUCCACCUGUAUAUUACUUCCAAGCGCCAGGAGUAAAUGUUGAAAUAGGACGUUCUUCGAACACAGUGGUGGCGCUAGUGAACCUCACACAGGAGUCUGCAGGACAUUACCGCUGCGAAGUGUCCGGAGAAGCCCCCUCAUUCGCCACUGUGUUCAGACAAAAAUACAUUAACAUACACUUGCUUCCAAAAGGCGGUCCCCGAGUUAUUGGUCUCAAAGAACAGUACAAUUUGGAUGACCUAGUUGUGGCGAACUGUACGUUGCCACCUUCUCGUCCAAAGGCGCAUUUAAAAUGGCUCGUCAAUGACAAGCCUGCUCCUUCCUCCUACAUUCUGGGACCCUGGUACCGAGUGUCAGCUGAACGACCUGAUGCUGCUGAAACUAUUCUGCAGCUAAGCUUCUUUGCAACUACUUCUGACUUUGUUAACGGUGCCAUCAAAUUAAAAUGCCAAGCUACGAUUGCACCACUGUACCAAAGAGAGACGGAGUCCACACAUUAUAUAUCUCUACCUUUUUCUAUGGCUGCCCAUCCACCUGAGGCAAAGGAAAUCAGAGACAUCGCCUCGUCGGUGGAAAAUACGUUAGCAACUUUAAUAGUACCAAUUAUGAUAUUAAUAUUAAUGUAAUAGUACCGUGAUAUCAGUGUUUAGCGUAGGUGGCCAGAAAUGUGUGUUAUUUGUUGAACAAAUCGGUAACGGAUCACAUUUCGAGUUUUUUGUGGAGAGACGUGAUGAAUGCAAUGUAGGACGUUUCAGAUACGGUUAAACAAUUCUUUGGAAGUUCACAAAAGUUGAACAACAGGAAACAUAGGUGUUGGUUAGCUGUAUAUACAUACAUACAUAUGUACAUAUCUAUGUGCAACUAACUAGGGAAGUUGGUCCUACUACGAAGCAAAGCGCUCGCAAUCUUGAAUAGUUUCGUUUCGGAACGUUACAAUUAUACUACCUUCGAAAGUUGUACGCAUUAUACUUAAGAAAAUAUUUCUACACAGUUUCAUUGAGUAAGAAAGGAUGUG